AUGGAGAGUCCUAUAAUGGAAUACCCUGAAAUGUCCCCUCUUAUCCUUGAGACUGUCAUGAAAAUGACUAUUGAAAAAGUGAAAACGCACCGUACAGGAGGAGUACAUCCCUCAGCAUCUGGGCCUGCAGUAAAUGAGGAACAACAACAAAAACCCAUCCCCUUCCCGCGUUCCAAGUCGACAAGUCUGCUCAGAACAUUGCUAAUUAUUCAAAUCGGUAGGAAGGCAAGCCGACUUCUGUCCCUGAUCAGUCAGCCGGAUUUGUAUCGACCACCAAAAGCCCUACCACAAGGAAGUUCCGCGUUGGAGGUGCCACAAUCGACUGUUCAUGGAAACAAAAGACGAUCCUCAGACGAAGAGAAAACCAAGGUGGAACAGGAUUCGGUGUCGGGUCCUUCCUCCGAAAAAUCGCCGUGUAUGGAAGGUGCCGACUCCGCCUUUGUAUUCCCACCUAGGCCUUCGCAGAGCAGCCCAACCCUCCCCGAAGACGGAUCCUCUGGUGAAAUUAGCCCGGUUAGUAGACUCAAUCACCUAAGUUUGCAUGCUCCUAAUUCGGAGGACGUUUAUUCCAAAGACUCAUGUCCGGGUUGUAAACGCUGCUCCAUUAACUCAGUGUGGAUGAGGCCUCAAAGCGCACCGAAACUUCGACUAUGCGAACCAGUAAGGCAGUGUUGA